AUGGUGACGCGGUGGAGGUGUUUGGUAGUUGCUGCCAUAGGCGUUACAGCCGGAGGGCUACCCCUGUUCGGCUCUGGCGUUGAGGCCUCCGCUGCAGGCCCGGACCAGGAUGAUCUGUCCGUGCGCAACUACGCGCAGCGCUUAGCUGUAACGGCCGAUGAUGCAAAGCUGGAUCAGUGGCAGAAGGAAGUGGAUGAAGGCAUUGCAAAGUAUCGGGAGGAACUGAAAAGUGGAUAUCCAGCCAAGCCAACACGCGAGUCUCUACACCCCAAAUCGCGCUUUUCUCUGGCGGAGGCCCCUGGUGAUGUGUUCCGCUUUACCAAACAGCCCUCUCCACGCAUUUAUGACUUCGAAUCGGUCGGCAAUGAACACAUCAAGAGGAUGGUGGAAGCUGAUGUGUUCUUAAGAGAGGUUAAGGUCUUGGAGGAUCCUCUUCGGGACGCGAAGGCGAUAGUGGAGAAGGUGGAGCAGAUGGUUGAGGUUUUGAAGGCCUUGGGGCCAAGGCUGCGGGAGGAGGUGGACGCGAUUGAGGCCAAGUCCACGCAUACAUUGGAGUUGCUGAAGAGAGGCCUGUCUGCAGAAAAGCUCAAGUCUCUUGCACAGUUUGAGGCUCAGGCGAAGGCCGAGUUGGAAGCGGCGAAGAAGAUGGCGGAGUCUAUACAGCUCGCGGACGGGGCAGUCGUUAAAUCGACAACUGAGGCGGGUCGCCUGCUGCGCUUGGCUUCACAGAUGGUGGAGGGUAUGGGGCCUGAAGCAGCAGGAGUAAGGAAGGCGAUGCGGAAUAUGGAGCUGCAGCUGUCUCACUUGGUGGCUAGUAGCGGGGCGGAGAUGGAGUCAUCAGUGCGGCACAUCAAGCGAGCAGGGGAGCAACUAGCGGCGCUGACAAAGUCUUUCCAGGAAGGCAUGGAGGAGUUGAAACAGAGACGAACGCUGCUGCAACUCGUUGAAGAAGCCGAAAAGACACUCCAGCUGACUGAAGAUGAGCUUAGAACUAUUGUGGGCUUGGGUUUGGCCUCGGGGCAGAUCCGUAAGGACGCUCAGGCGGCGGAAGCAGCGCAUGACAGCCUGACGCUGCAGCAGCUGCUGCAGCGAGCCGGCGAUAUGUCCUUGAGGGUGGAGGAGGCUGUAGAGGCGGCGAAGGCGCUGCUGGCAGACUUAAGUCUGAGGGUGCAGGCAGUGGAUUCCAUGGUCGCAUCGGUGCAGAGCGAGAGUUUAAAGGCGCGAGGAGUAUCUGCUGCUGAGGGUUUGCGGACGCGAGGGGAGCACCUGCAGAAAAAACUGAAGCACAAGGCGACGCAGGCUUCCGAUGCCAUUGCUGCUGUGAAAGAAGAAGUCAGCCGCCAGCUCGGCCGCACCUUAAGCCAAUACUCUACCGCAAUCAGCGAAGGAGACGCGUGGGUGCGACAAGCAGCGCACCAACACAGGAUGUUGAAUGCUGCGCUACUUGCUCGCACGGAGGAGGCAGCAGCCGCUCGGAAAGCUGCCGAUCAGUUCAAUAAGAUGUUGAUGGAGGACAUUGAGGAGGCCCAGAACAAAGUGACCAGUGGUCAGGCCCAGUGGUCUGACCUCGAGAAACACUACAAGUUCGACUCCCGACGUGCAGCAGCAGAGCGCUAUAUGGAUGACGCUCGGUCUGCUGCUCUAAGGGCUGCUGCUGCCCUCCGCAGUGCAGAGCGCCAAGCGGAAGACUUCUACGGUGAGGCAGGGCAGACCAUUGAGGAUUUGAAAAAGCUGGAGAAGAAGGUGCAGGAGGUGGCAGAGGCGUUCAGACGGCAACAGGAUGGCCUAGUGAAAGAGCACCAACGAUUGGAGGCUGCCGGUGCUGCUGCUGCAGCAGCCGCUGCAGCAGCAGAAGCGGCAGCAGCCCAGAAACGUGCAGAAUCUGCCAGCAAGAUAGCAUCCCGGUUUGCAAGUCAAAGGCAAGAUGUGCACCAGCAGGUGGAAGAGACGAAGGCUGCGCUGGCUGAGAUAGGGAAGAAGUUGCAGCAGCAGCAGCAGCAGCAGCCGCAAGCAAAGCCGGCUAAGGAGGGAACUAGCGUAGAAGAGGGCCUUUCUUCCAAGGAAGUGAUCAACCGAUAUGGCCGCAAAGCCAGUGAGCAUCUUACACACGGUGAGCAACACUUAGAGAGGGCAAAGGAGCUGAAGGCGCAAAUGCAAAAGGUGCAGGGGACUCUAAGUGUUGAUGUGAAAGAGCUGAAGGCCGCUUUGAAGAGAAACUCCAUUCAAGACCGCCUCAAAGAAAGCAGCAGCAGCAGCAAACAGGGGGGUGGUCCUGUGCAGCGGCCAUCGAGCGGAGGGCUGUCGGAGACACUGCAGAGGCGCGUUGUGCACCUUGUAGCUCUAGGAGGGGAGUUGAAGAAGCAAGAAGAGGCAUGUAUGAAGGCACAGCGUGAGGCACAGAAAGCAGCAGCGAACGUCCGUUUAGCAAGCCUGCGUGCAGUGGUCGGAGACGGGCCUCUGGGUAUCAGCGAUAUGGGGGCGCAGGAGCUCCAGACAGUUCUCCAGGAUGCAGACGCUGCAGCAGAAGAUGUGGCCAAGAAGGGUCACCAACUGGAGAAGGAGCUUCAGAAGUUCAGAGACCAGGAGGGAGGCGACGGCGCCCUUGAGCAAAUGCUGGAGGAUGUGCUAAAACAGUUGAGACAGCUGCUCAGUCAUGCAGAUAGUAGGCUCGAAAAUAUAAUGAAGCUCGGAGUCCCGGCGUUUGAAGCUCUUGUGCUCCAAACACAACAGGCAGCAGAAAAUCUGCAUGCUGCGAGACAGAAACAGACUGCAGAAGGGGAGGGGCCUGACGCGGAUUCCGCUGCUGCUGCUGCAGCUGCAGCUGCAGACGCGUUUGCUGCUGGUGAAGGCCGAGCGCGGCAGUUGGGCGAGUUCUUGAGGGGCGAGGCGGAAGACGUGGAGGUUUGUGCGAGCCGCGUAAGCAGUAGCUUGGAUGAACUGAAGGCGUUCUCUGAGAGCAACAAGAUAGUGACCCCAGGGAGCAGCAGCAGCAGCGAAGCGCCAGAUUCGCAGACGACACAUGCGUCUGCCGGCGGGACCUCCCGUCGGCUAAGUGUUGCUGCUGAUAAGAGCACCAGCCCCAGCAGCAAGGCUGCUCCUGCGGUUGUAUCUUUGAGCGAUUUACAACAGACGUCAGCGGACCUCAAGACACGGGCAGGUGAUGCAAAGGCCGGCUUGGAUUCGCGUCUUCAACACCUGGAGGCACUUAGGAAUCUGGGAAAUGAGGCCCCCCCCGCGGUGGCAGCAGCUUCCUACGGUGCGGCAGCGAAGCAGUACUUGACGCCUGAAAGCACAGAGGACACAGCAAGCUCAUCUAUUGCUGCAGAAGCAGGUGCUGCUGCAGGGAAGGGAGACAGCAGCGGCACGAGCGGGGAAGGCGAUGGUUUGGACGAGCCUCAAGAAGAAGAAAGACAAGAAGAGGAGCAAGGAGCAGGAAAGGAAGAGGAGCGAGAAGAAGGUACAUCCAGCCCUAACCUGUACCUCGCUGUGGGUAUAGCGAGCGGGGUGUUGCUGCUGCUGGGGCUCUCGAGUUGCGGGUUCUAUGCACGAAGACAACGCGGGAGGAGACUGAAGAGCCUGAAACAGGGUGCAUCCACCUCCACAGCUAAUCAGCAGGAUCCAGCGGGAGGUGGAGACCUUGCAGGGGAGGCAGGGGCCUUCUCGAGCCCCACAAGAGAUUUCGACGAGGCCACACACGCGGGCGGGGCUGCAGCAGACCAGGAGGAUAUCAGCAGCACGGCGGGACAUGAAGAAGGACAUGAAGAAACCAUGCCUGGUGCCGUAGGAGGAGGCGCUGUGGCGGGGGGAGGGGCGGCCGUCUUUGGGGCAGUUGCAGCUCAAGAGAUUAUGGGAGGAGACUUGGAGAUGGGCGCAGUAGAGACAAGCAGGAGACGCUAUCUUGUUGACGACCAUCACCUCGUUGCAAGAGAGCUCAGUCACAGUCAACCGCCUAGAUGCCGCACUCCUCUGGUAUUUUUCAACUCUUCCACGGUCGCAGGCCCCCAGGUGCAAGGAGCCAUCGCCGCUCCAAGUGUACAGACAGCACGGAUGUGGGAAUCAAGACAGAGAGAGGGCUCUUACAGGGGUCGUUCCGCCUCCCCUACAAUGGGCCAUCAUAAGCAGCAGUACGUGCAGCAGCAGCUGCAGCAGCAACAGCUGCUCCAGGAGCAGGAACAGCAGCAAAGCAAAAGGGCGAGGGAGCUAGAAAACUUGGAGGCAGCCGUCAAGCUCGAGCAGGAAUCCGAGGACUCACAGGCCUCGAGCAGCACCUUGCACCAGAUAUAA